AUGGCUCCACGUAUCAGCUUGUUCUCCCGCGCCUUGAAGAUGGGAGCAAAACAGAACAGUGUCCAAGCCAGAAUCACCAAAGCCAUGUGUCAUACGGUGGAAAGUGCCUCGGAAGAGAACGAGAAACUCAAUGAUGAGAACGAACGUCUUCAACUCAGAAACUACGAGCUCAAGAGAGAAUUGGAAGAAGUCUACAGAAAGCUGUGGGAAACGGAGAUUGAGCGUGAUCUUCUCACAUUACCACAAUCAUCACAAAAACAACACUCGCGCAUUUCCCAGUCUACCCUUUGCCCUUUGCCCUUUACCGACCACACAUCCGCACACAAUCGAGCCCUGCACAAAUCCAGAAAAAAAAUUCCCUUCGCAGUCACCAUGGAAGCCGCCGUCGAAAAACAGAACGAUCUGAUCAACCUCCUCCACGAAAACAAGAUCGCCCUCUCUGAGGCCAAGGCCGCUACUGCUCAGAGCGCUGCUACUAUCACUAAGAUCAUCGACGAGAAUAUGCAACUCAAGCACGAAGUCGAGCGUCUGCAAGCCGAGGACAAAGAGCUCAGAUUGAAGCUGUGGGACGCAACUGAAGAAGAGCGCAUGAUGGACGCUGGACGUCUCGGCGAGGUUUUGAAGGUUCUCUGA